AUGAAUUUCAGUGAUGAGCAUUCCGAAGCCGUUUAUCAGCAAGCUUUGAAAUUCUUGGAACGUGGGCGCGGUCAUGGUAUCGAAGGACGGAAGGCUGCUUAUCGACUCCUUGACCAAGCUGCACAAGCUGGGCACACAGAUUCUUUGAAACUUAUGGGUAAUCAGCUUCCUCUCAUUCACUUAGGCUAUGCUCAUUUGUUUGGUGAUCGUGCUCGCUGGUCCAUUGAUGAAGCAAAGAAGAUAUUCGAGGAACUCGCUGAAAGUGGAUCGCCAGAUGCGCAACUUGGACUUGCCUUCAUGCACGCUACUGGCUUGGGAGUUUCGAAGUCGAAUCAAGCGAAGGCUCUGGUCUACUAUAUGUUCUCGGCUCUUGGUGGAAAUCCUCUCGCGCAGAUGGCUAUGGCUACUCUGUUAUGGGUGUCUAUAUAUGUUCUUAGUUGUCCAUCUUUACUAGUUCCUGCGGCUCUGUUGACGGGUUAUCGCUACUACGCAGGAAUAGCAGUUCCUCAAAACUGCGAGAAUGCCCUAUCAUACUACGAAAAGGCAGCCGAUAAAGUGGCGGAAGGAUUUAAGUUUUCCACUGGGCUAGCUAUCCAGCGAAUAAGACUUACCGAUGAAAUGGAGCCUUCAUCGACCAAUGCAGUCACGACGCCUAUGGAUCAGAAUCUGAUAGAGUACUAUCGCUUCUUAGCAGAAAAGGGUGAUGUCUCAGCUCAGGUCGGGCUUGGACAACUAUAUCUGACCGGCGGGCGAGGUGUCGAACAAAAUUUUGAGCUGGCUAACAAAUACUUCUCAUCAGCCGCUGAAGCUGGGCAUGCAGGUGCUUUCGCUUUUCUUGGCAAGAUGUACCUUGAUGGAACGCACGUUACUCCACAAGAUAACACCACGGCUUUCAACUUCUUCUUGCGCAGCGCUGAUAAGGGAAAUCACAAUGGCCAGGCUGGCUUAGGAGUCAUGUACAUGCAAGGAAGAGGUGUUCGCAGGGACUAUGAAAAGGCAUACCGCUUGUUCUCGCUAGCCGCCGAGCAGGGCUGGGUUGAUGCGCAACUGUACUUGGGAGACAUAUGUACUUAUCUAGAUGGUCUCGGCGUGAAAAAGGAUUUCAAAGCUGCGUUGAAAUAUUAUCAAAUGGCCACACAAAAUGGCCAUGUUUUGGCUUCAUACAAUCUUGCACGCAUGCACUCUUCCGGUAUCGGUGUGCUGAGAUCCUGCACGACAGCUGUUGAGUUCUACAAAAAUGUCGCUGAACGGGGUCGCUGGAGCGAAAAAUUGAUGGAAGCCUACACUUCUUACAAGGUAUAAUA